GCCCCUCUCUCUCUCUCGCCGCGCUCCCAUUCCCCCUCCAAGAAAAAAGCCAGAAGCCGGGAGAAAGGAAGCCAGGAGGGCAUCGGAAGUUUCUCGCUCUCCAUUUGCGGUCUCUUUUGUGUUAAGCGAAUCGAUUCCUUUUAGCCCUCCAUUUGCCCUCCAAGAUUCCUAUAAAUAGCUUCGGCUCGUCUUCUUUCUUCUCCUUGAGCGGAGAUGGGAGCCUCUAAUGGCGGGAUUCCAAGAAGCGUCGUCGAACCCUAGAGGCUGAAGAAACCCUAUUCCUUGAUCCUGUUUUUAUUUUUUGUUUCUGCUCCAAUGGGUUCGGAGAAUGGGGCCAUGGAGAACCUCGCGAGCUCGAGAUUCGUGGGGGCGUGCGUGCUGGGGGGGCUGGUGCUCGGCGCCGCCGUGCUGGCGAUGCAGCUGGGCCGGGCGCCGCCGAUGGGGAUCCGGCGGAGGAAGAAGCAGCCCGUCCGGGUGUACAUGGACGGGUGCUUUGACAUGAUGCACUACGGUCACUGCAACGCGCUGCGCCAGGCGCGGGCCCUCGGGGACCAGCUCGUCGUCGGGGUCGUGAGCGACGACGAGAUCACGGCCAACAAGGGCCCCCCUGUCACGCCUCUUCGCGAGAGGAUGAUAAUGGUAGGUGCUGUGAAAUGGGUGGAUGAGGUCAUUCCAGAUGCUCCUUAUGCUAUCACAGAAGAGUUCAUGAAGAAGCUGUUUACUGAGUAUAAUAUAGAUUACAUUAUCCAUGGGGAUGAUCCUUGCCUUCUGCCAGAUGGUACAGAUGCAUAUGCCCUUGCUAAGAGGGCUGGUCGUUAUAAGCAAAUCAAAAGAACUGAAGGAGUGUCAAGCACAGAUAUCGUCGGUCGUAUGCUUCUUUGUGUGAGGGAGAGAUCAAGUAGUGAUAGUCAUAAUCAUUCCUCUUUACAAAGGCAGUUCAGUCAUGGACACAACCAAAAAGUUGAUGAUGGUGGAUCUGGCGGUGGAACUCGGAUAUCUCAUUUCUUGCCAACAUCUCGACGAAUAGUGCAAUUUUCAAAUGGGAAGGGGCCUGGUCCAGAUGCUCGCAUAGUUUACAUUGAUGGUGCAUUUGAUCUGUUCCAUGCAGGACAUGUAGAGAUACUGCGGAUUGCUCGAGGACUUGGAGAUUUCUUGCUUGUGGGGAUACAUACUGAUCAGACAAUCAGCGCUACUCGAGGAGCCCAUCGCCCAAUUAUGAAUCUUCAUGAAAGAAGUUUGAGUGUUUUGGCCUGUCGUUAUGUAGAUGAAGUGAUCAUCGGUGCCCCUUGGGAAGUUUCAAAAGACAUGAUUACUACCUUCAAUAUCUCCUUGGUUGUUCAUGGAACGUUUGCAGAAAAUAUGGAUUUUCUGAAGGAGAAAUCUAACCCAUAUGCAGUUCCAAUGGCUAUGGGCAUCUAUCGGCAAAUAGAAAGCCCUUUAGACAUCAGAACUACCACAAUCAUCAAGAGGAUCGUUUCAAAUCAUGAAGCAUAUCAGAAAAGGAAUGAGCAGAAGGAAGCUAGUGAAAGGAGGUACUAUGAGGGUAAAACUCACGUAUCCGGAGAUUAAUUCCCUAGAAUUUGGUCAUCAGAAGUUCAUCUAAAAUCUCACAGUUAUAAAUCUCACAGGAGUCGUCAGUAGUAGUUUCAAACAUCAUGCCAUCAUGGAAUGGUGCAAAUUUUGCAUUGAUUUUUUUCCCUUAAAGCCUAUUGGCACUCAGAGAUACAGCUUAGAUAAUAGGGGGGCAGAUUGCUGGUUAUUUGGGGUAGAGUAUCGGGGUAGUAAGAUCGGUGGGGCUGACAUUUUCUUUUCAUUUCCAUGUUUUUUUUUAUUACCUUAAAUUGCUAUUAUACCGUGCUGUUUCCAGCACGAGUUAUUUGUAUUAUUAGAUACUUGGGAAUGUAUUUUUUUCCUUACUUCAAGGUGGAUCAUCUUGUGAUGGUAUUUUCACAUGGAAGGGUGGAUUCGUCCACCAGUUGGGCUCUCGAACCCAAACUCAUUUUCCCCAUCUGCAUUUUUGCCGAGAACGAUUUGAUGUCUUGUGUA